GUGUUGUCGGUGUAAGCAUCACCAGAACACUCUCAAGCCAACUCCGACAAAUCCGCCCUCUCUUCUUUCCUAACGAGAAGAGAAAGACGAACCGAUGUGCCGCCUUUACGUUCGCAAUAUGAUCUUUUAUAUUGGCCACCACGUAGAGCAUUUGGUUUGCUGUCAGAUACGUGAUCUCUGCUCUCACUCCACGACAAGAUUCUUGGCUUCCUCUUCUCCCAGAAGCCACUCUUCCUUUUCGCACCGUCAUCUCUUUGUGAUAGAAAACCACGCUUCUUCCCCACCUGCUAUCUUUUAGGUUUCUAAAGUUGGUGCAGUGCAGCAGAUGAGUUCUGACCUGUCUAAAGUUGAAUUCCUCAAUCCUUCAUCUUCUUUUGCAGCAGAAUUAUGAGCCUCGGUUGCUUGUGUGCUUUGCUUCUUGAGGGGUAGGGGGAUGAUGCAUCAGCAGUUUGAGAUGCGGAGGUCAUCUGAGCUCCUGAAGGUGGUGUCAUGGCUUUGUUUGGUGGGGGGUGUGUCUGGGAUUGGUGCCAACUGGGGAACACAGGCGAGCCACCCGCUGCCGCCGCGCACGGUGGUUCAGAUGCUCAAGGACAAUGGAAUCCAGAAGGUGAAGCUGUUUGAUGCAGAGGAUAGGACUCUGAGUGCCCUUGCCAAGACCGGGAUUCAGGUGAUGGUGGGGAUUCCCAACGACAUGCUGGCUGGCCUUGCGGCCGACGAGAAGACGGCGGGGAGAUGGGUGUCGAAGAAUGUCUCGAAAUAUAUCAACAAUGGAGUUGAUAUCAGGUACGUGGCUGUUGGUAAUGAGCCUUUCUUAGAGACAUACAAUGGGACUUUUCUCCGAUCUACAUACCCAGCACUUCAAAAUAUCCAAGCAGCUCUUAUCGCAGCUGGAUUGAGCAACCAGGUCAAAGUCACAGUCCCUCUCAAUGCUGAUGUCUAUGGGUCAUCAAGCGAUAAACCUUCUGGUGGAGAUUUCCGCACGGAUAUCCAUGAUCUCAUGCUUUCUAUCGUCAAAUUCCUUAAUGACAAUGGUGCUCCCUUUACGGUCAAUAUUUACCCCUUUAUCAGUCUCUACAAUGAUCCCAAUUUUCCUGUGGACUAUGCAUUCUUUGAAGGUUCUCCGACCCCUAUAGUUGAUGGCACAAUUACGUACAGUAAUGUGUUUGAUGCUAACCAUGAUACUCUCAUAGCGGCACUGCAGAAGAAUGGCUUCGGGAAUGUAUCUAUCAUUGUUGGUGAGAUCGGUUGGCCCACCGAUGGAGACAUAAAUGCAAAUCCGCUGUUUGCUCAACGAUUCAAUCAGGGUUUCAUGAACCAUAUUUCAAAUAGCAAUGGCACACCACUGAGACCUGGACCUAUCGAUGCCUAUCUGUUUAGUUUGAUCGACGAAGAUGAAAAGAGUGUCCAGCCAGGUAAUUUUGAGAGGCAUUGGGGUAUUUUUGCCUACGAUGGCAGUCCAAAAUAUCAGCUAAAUCUCCGCACGGCAUCAAAUUCUAGUACACUAAUUAGAGCAAAAGAUAUCAAAUAUUUGGACAGGAAAUGGUGUGUGCUGAAGCCUUCAGCUAAUCUUGAUGAUUCUGAGAUUGCGCCAAGUGUGAGCUAUGCAUGUGGAAAAGCAGAUUGCACAAGCCUUGGAUAUAAGACAUCAUGCGGGGAUCUUGAUGUGCGAGGAAACAUUUCAUAUGCAUUCAACAGCUACUACCAGAAGAAUGGCCAGGAUGACAGGGCCUGUGGAUUCUCAGUCUUGGCGACCAUCACCGAGAAGGAUCCGUCGACUACAACCUGUAAAUUCAACAUCAUGAUUGAUGUUGGUUCUGGAACAUCAUGGAAAACACGAACACAGAUGGAACUCAGCCUUAAUUUGUUUUGGUAUAUGGUUCUUCCAUUUACACUGGCAUUAGCGUGAAAUAUGUACUGCUAUAUUGCCAUUCCUGAAUCGUAGUUGUAAUUAUGUUCUAGUGA